AUCCGGGCUAAACACGGGGACCCCGCGAGGCUGGUGCAUGUCACCGCGCCCCGAUGACAGGUGUCCGCUCCGGCCGGGCCGAGACCCCGACUGGCCACGCAUGACGGCUCAGUGGCUGGCCUUGCGCAGCAUCUGACGCAGUCGAAAAUGGCUUUCCGCACGCCUCCUCCCGGCCGCCUACCUGUUGUUCCGGAGGCCGCGCAGCACACAGAGCACCUGGUCCAGAGCACAGGGAAGGACUUUGAAAAUGUGGAGCUGGGAGAUCAGAUGAGGAAUCCACAGCAAAAGUCGCCACGUCGGACCAUAUAUUUUGCCGGUGGGGAAACCAUGGAGGAGUACAGCACAGAUGAGGAAGAAGAGGAACCAGAGAAGAAGGAUCUCAUACCUACAGUAGACCCUGCAAAGCUGACGUGGGGGCCAUACUUCUUGUUUCAUAUGUGGAGAGCGGCCAUGUCCACUGUGUCAGUGUGUGACUACUUCGGGGAGAAGAUGUCCUCGCUGCUGGGCAUCACAACGCCCAAAUACCAGUACGCGAUUGACGAGUUCUACAGGAUCAAGAAAGAGGAGGAAGAAGAAGCGGAGGAGAACCAGCUGUCAGAGGAAGCAGAACGUCACUUCAACGAGAAGCUCAGCCCAGAAGGCAAGCAGCCAAUGACAGAGCAGCCAGAGAGCUCUGCCUCCUUCGUUAAAGUGACCUUUGACGUGCAAGAGGAGACGCACACUUCGCUGGAAAUGAACAUGGUCGCCGCACCCAUCCCCAGCUAAGCCCUCAGUGACCUCCGCCAGCUUGGUUUUCAUCAUUUGUGCAGCUUGCCCAUCUUUAUCCUCAUAUCGGUGCUGUUCUAAAACAGCAGCUGUAGAACAUGAUCAGUGUUCUCAUUGUGUGUCUCAUUGUGCUGGGUACAGCGUAUGGUUGACCUGCCAAAAGGGUUGUCUGGGUUACUUGGGAUUUAAGGUCCCAUGGGUGUCUUAGCUUUCCUGAAGCCUUUUAAUUUUAUUUUCAUGUUUGAUGAAAUUCCUUGUAACUUUCCAAAGGACUGACUUCCAGAUGCGUUUCACAGCACUUCCUGUGAUUCAUUCAUUGUCAUUUGCUUUUCUUCAGGUAUCUUGUAAUUGAUGUGUUCUGUUGAUCUUUUUCUGUAAAUAACUGUUUGCCACACUGAUGCUGCGGGUCUGCCAGCGGCCCCGUUUCCAUGACUCCCGUCUCAGGGGAACCGUUCAGCCCAGCCCCUCUGUUCUAUGGGUUCUCGGCUGCCACGCUUCUCCCCCCUGGACAACGGGAGAACACGAAAACCCCGGAGGGAAGAGAGACUGACUGCUUCUCCUGCAUGUUCGCUUAAAGAAAUGGCCAAAAGCAGCUGAGGAUGCAAGUCUAUCCUUAAAAUGUUGUACUUUGUCAUUAGUGAAUACUGGUCAGACCUAAGUAUAGUUUAAUUUUUUUCUAUUGUAUCACUGAAAAAUUAAACUUGUUUUAUUUAUAUAUAUAUUUCAAACUAAAAGUUUUAUAACUGAGAAAACAGAUGCAUUUAUUUUAUAUAAUAUACAUAUUAAUAAACUGAAUAACUGUCA